UCCCCAAAAUAUUUAAAAUAUGUCUAAACUAUAAUGUUUUUAUUUGAACGAGAUUUAUGUUGCUGUCGUAACUGUCCCUACAUGAAUAAAAUCUGACUUCAGGAAUGGUGUAUAAUGAACUGCCAGUCCUAGAAGAAGUAGUCGCAGAUGGACCAUUCCUCAACCAAUGCAUUACUGAGUGUCAGUUGCACUCAACGGAGUUUUAUGAGUGUCUAACUACCACAGAGAAUACUAUAAGGGACUCAGUUUUGACUGGAAAGGAGUAUAACAAAUAUGUAAAAAAUUUAAGUGUGGCACUGGAAGAUGCUGCCGAUAUACUGCCUGAUCAUGCUACUGCUUUAGAGAAGUUUAGUACUGGUUUAUCACGUAUUGAGACGUACAGAGAAAUGUUGAUUACUCAAACCGAGGUACUUACCCUCGAACCCCUGGUUGAUAUUAGGAAACAGAUGGAAGAAAUAAAGGAAUUAUCAGAAGGUAUAAGUAAGGGUGACGAGCUCGUUUCUAUGGAGACAGAAAGAUAUUGCGGUGUUAGACCUAUAGCUCAAGAUGAUCAACAUACGCUGGUGACCUACCCAAAGUCGUGUAUUGAUACUCUGAGAUUGAAGGAGGAACAUGCCCUGAACAAACUGGAAUAUGUCUACAAACUUCGUAAAUCCUCCCGCCAAAAUCAGUUGAAGUACGUACAGAAGAUGCUGGAACAGAUGUUAGCGCAGUUCUCGUACGCUAACUUCGCGUACGUGGUUAUGAGUGAGAUGGAGCCGUACUUGUCUGAGUUGUUUGUGGAGUUGCAGGCACAACAGAAGGAAGCUGCUGUCCAGGAUGAUAAGGAUCAAGAAGUUCUGGACAGGACGAGAAGAGAGAUCAGUGAAAGUUGUGAUCAACAGAUAAUCGUUAUGAAGGACACUUAUCCGGGAGCAGAUACAGAGGUAAAGAACAGCGCGUUCAAAUCCCUUCUCUCCUUCGCUGUACCAGGUAAUAAGGGAGGCAAAUUCGACUAUCUGACUGGAAAGCGAAAUUCAUUUCUUAGCUACCUCAACAACAACGAUAGCAUGCAAGGAUCACAGAAGCAACCAGAAACCCUGACCUCACAAGAAGAAGAAGAAGAAAACACUACUGAUGAUGUGAAGAGUACGCGUGUCAACCCCUUCAGAGACUCCCCUCCGGACCUAGGAGACGAUCUGCCCAUCUUGGACAGUAGUUUUAUGGCAGCAGCGACAGAAGCCCCGCUAAACACUGAGCCCCUAGACCCGGAUAACUCCUCCACCCUGUGUCAGGACAUGUCAGCUGUCUCAGAGAGGACGGGUGAUGUGAGUCCUGAGGAGGGAGAGGCGCUGAGUCCUGAGGAGGAGGCGCGGGAGAACGCUGGGGAGGACGAGAACAGAAGUCAAGACAAACCUGCUCGUAAGAAUAAACGGAGAAACAAACUCACUAAAGUGGACUCCUUGACUAAACUCAGAAAUCAGAACAAAACUUCGGGGUACCUGUACGUACGACAAAAGUCAGCUCUCGGACACAAGUGGAUCUUAAUGUACUGUGUAAUAGAGCGGGAUUGGUUAAAGUGUCUGGUGUCUGACAAUGAGUUACUAGAGUUGGAGCACCUUCCAACUACUACUGUCAAACCUGUCGGAUUAGAGGUGGAGAGGAACUCGUGUUUUUAUCUGGUAUCUCCGAAAGGGAAGCGGUGCUAUCAGGCGCUCACUGAGCUGGACCGGCGCAAGUGGAUGCAGAGUCUGACGCAGAGUAGUAUCAAUGUGCUGCAGCACGCUAGCAGUAUUUCCCAAGGUGACCAUGUAGCGCGGAUGCACUCCAUACCCGGAAACAGCAGGUGUGCAGACUGCGCAGCGCCCGAUCCUGAGUGGGCAUGUAUCGACCAUGGCACUACCAUAUGUAUAGACUGUUCUGGGGUUCACAGGUCCAUGGGAGUAAAUGUUAGUAAAGUACGGAGCUUACUGCUGGACAACUGGACUGAAGAUAUUAUCUCCCAAAUGGUGGAGAAAGGAAACACUAAAUUUAACGAAGUCUACGAGUGCAACGUGUCUGAAAAAAUAGUUCCAGAUUCAACCAGAGAGGAACGGAGCGUGUUUAUGAGGAAGAAAUACAUUUUAAAAGCUUAUUACAGAGAUAACCCUUCUGAAGACACAUAAAGGUACAAGACACUCUAUCGUAGUAUGAAAGUAUUCAAUGUGAUGAAAGGCUCGGUUCGAUUAAUGAUUAAGGAAGAUGAUAAUUUUAUUUUGUUUUAUUUUUAGUGUAUUUGUGUUGAUAAAUAAUAAGGAUGUAUCCUAUGUUGAUAGUGCUUAAUGUUUUGUGAAAACUUUGAAAGUUAUUUGGUAUACAAUAAAUACUUUAUUCCUUUAUAGGGAGAUUCUGUAUAGAUGCCAGCAAAUCUCAAAUAAUUGGAUAUAUUUGCAAUGUUUAAAUGUGAUUGAUGAAAGGUAAACUUUAAAUGAAGGGUUUGCAGCUUACACCAAAUCUGUCCAGCCCAAAUGACUACACAGGAAUUAUACACAAGAUGGCCACUGAACUUCCUGUGAAGCCAUUUGUGCUUGACGAAACUAAACCCUGUUUUUGUGUCUGGGUCCUUCAUUGAAUUUCAGUUAAAAAGCAUGGAUCUAUAGUUUAUAAUUUCAUUGUUGUAUGUAUUGUGUUAGAUGGACUAAUUUAAUUAUACAU